AUAUUGAUAAACUGUUUUUGAAUUUUAAAUGACCUAUUUACAGUAGGCAACCUCACAUUGGUAAGCUACAGUAGUUAUAUAAAUCGGUAUUUUAGGAGGGCUGUCUUACCUUGCUAGCUAGUUCAGACAAGGUUACUUCAGUCUAGAGAGUAGCCUGUACCAACUUAGGCAAUUCGGGCCGAUCACACCGAGAGUGUAUUUUUAAAACAUUGCACUUAAAACCCAAUUGUUUGUUAUGGUACGUCAGUACAGCUCUGUUAAAUUCCAUAUGCGCUUUUUGUCGUUUUUGAGGCAGACGCUUUUCUAAAUACACUCUUGAGUGUUAGUGGUUUCGGCCCGUAACUGAAGUUUAACUUGGGACUGUUAGAGUAUCUGGAUAGCUGGCGUUGUGGGAUGGUACUGUAUAGCGUUAGCUAAGCUAGCUACGAUCAGUAACUGUAUAGGGAGCAGGACAAAACAGAGGCAGAACAUGACAGCGACGCCCAGACAUUGGCAGCAUCAGAGUCAGCAGUUUUGCAGGAUAGUGUGGAACAGGUAGCAGAAAAAGAGGUUGACAACCAAGCGAGGCAGGACUCAGCUAAAGCUGUUCUAUCCGUUCCUGGACCAACAGAUAUAUCCCAGUCAAGAGAUGAAGGGCCUAAACAGCCACAACUGAAUCUUUUCCCUCGGACCCUCCAGGGAAAUAGAAGACGGAGCUUCAUGAAAGAGUGGUACAGUAAGCAGAAAUGGAUAGAAUACUCGCAAAGUAAAGACUCUGCGUACUGCUAUGCUUGCCGGCACUUUAGUCUCCCUUCCUCAGGUAAUUCAGUGUUCACAUCUGAAGAGGGGUUCAAAAAUUGGAAAAAAGCAACUUACAAAGAUGGGGGUUUUGUUGGCCAUGCAAAAUCUGAAUCACAUUGUAAUGCUAUGUUAGCAUGGGCAGAAUAUAACAAGGUGACUGCAGGCGAAUGCUCUCUCUCAGCCUCAUUAAAUGCAGAGUAUAAUAAAUUAGUGAGGGAAAAUAGAGAAUACAUAAAAACUGUUGGAGAAACCUUGCUCCUCACAGCCACGCAAAACAUUGGACAGAGAGCACAUAAUGAAACAGAAGGUCAGAACAAAGGAAACUUUCUUUCUAUUAUGGAACUGCUAGCAAAGCAUGAUCAAACAGUCAAAAGAAAAAUGACAUGUCAAAGAAAUGCUACAUACCUUGGUCAUAAUACACAAAACGAAAUGAUUGAUUGCCUAGCUGAAAUGGUCCGUUCCUCAAUAAUUACUGAAGUUAAACAAAGUGAGGUUUUCAGUAUUAUGGUUGAUGAGACCAAAGACAUUAGCAAAAAGGAACAGAUGUCUUUUUUAGUGCGUUAUUAUUACAAUGGGUCAAUAUGUGAAAGUUUUCUCACCUUUGAGGCAGCAGAGCGCCUCGAUGCUGCAGCACUUUCACAGAAAAUUAUAGAAAUACUACAGAAGUAUGGCCUUGACUACAGAAACCAUCUAGUAGGGCAAACAUAUGACGGUGCCUCUGUUAUGAGUGGAAAGAACAGAGGUGUGCAAGCACGCAUCAAGUCAGAUGCCCCCUUAGCUUUUUAUGUUCACUGCAAUGCACACUGCUUGAAUUUAGUAUUAGUUGACAGUGUGAACUGCAUCCCUGAAGCCUAUUGUUUCUUUUCUCUUUUGCAGAAAUUGUAUGUUUUUGUGUCUGGGUCAUAUGUGCACCAAAGGUGGUUAGAGGUACAGAGGGAGAUGUUUCAGGGGCCCCCGAGAGAGUUGCAAAGGCUGAUAAUAGAGAUACGGUGGGCAUGUAGGUACAAAGCUUGCAAGACAGUGAGGGACAGACUGCCAGCUAUCAUGUGUCUACUAAAAGAAAUUUCUGAAGAAAGAAAUGGUGACAGAGCUGUAGAGGCAAGAGGUUUAUUGGCCCAAAUAGAUCUGAAGUUUGUUGGACUCCUUGUUACAUUAACCAAUGUCUUUGGUGAAAUAAAACAUCUAUCAGAUGUUUUACAGUCCCCACAACUCAAUUUGGGCACAGCUGUUACCCUUAUCGACUCUCUUGCUGAAACCUUGAAUAGUUAUAGAGAGGGCUCUCACUUUAAUGAUAUUUGGGACAGUACUGUCACCCUUACCGAGCAAUGCAACAUCGGUAUUGGACCUCCAGGGCGUCAGGUCACACCAAGCUCUAGGCUUGAAGGUUACUACAUUUCCACUCCAAUAGCUCAAAGACAGGUCAACACUGAUAAGGAAUCAUUUCGGGCAGAUUCUUUUAUUCCCAUUAUUGAUGUGCUUCUCUCUGAGGUGAAGAGAAGAUUUUAAAAAGAAAAUAUUGUAAUACUGGAAGGGAUACAAGCUUUGAAUCCCUGCAGUUCCACAUUUUGUGGGAAGAAUG